UCUCUCAGAAUGUAAUUGCUACCAGUCGAUUUCACGGUUGUAUAGUAUUCAUGCUAGGUAUGACCGGUGGCCGGUUGUAAGUAAGCAAUCACGGCCGUACAUGUGUGUUACCGCUAUGAUUGGCGGACCGCAUGAGUAUGAUAUUGACGUCGUUUUGAACUUUGCCGUGUAGCAGGCCAUGAUCUCGUCGAAGGCAGUGUUCUAACAUCAUGUUUGGGCAGCAGCAGCAGCAGCAGCAGGGGGCGGUAUCCGGGUCGUUUGGCAGUGCAGCUCCGUCGACCUCUACAUUUAGCGUAACUGCCGCUGCUCCCAACGUGAGCCCGUUUGCCUCAGGAUUCGGGCAGCAGCCUGUGGCGUCCGGCAAUGCGUUCCAGCAGACGGCAUCGUUUGGGGCACAACCCUCGACCUCAGGAUUUGGACAAAUCUCGACCCAACCACCAGCAUUUGGUGCUCAGAGCAGUGCUGCCACCUACGGGCAGUUUAAUGCACCUCCGCCAGCGUUUGGAGCUCAGACCGCAGGAACCACCUUCGGACAGUCAGCGUUUGGUCAGCAGUCGGCGGCAGGGUUUUCGAGCUCAGGCGGUCAACCCCCGCCCUACACAAGCCUAUUCGGGACAGCGGCGACCUCUGGUGGGACCACCACCGCUGCAUCGAUGUUUGCCUCGCCGGUGACAACUAACAGCGUGUUCGGCACGCCAUCUGGUGGUCAAGCGAUGACCGUAUCCAGCCCACCGAGUGCGUUUGGGCAGACGACACUCGGUGCAAGCCCGCUAGCGACAAGUGGCGCCACCGUACCGACGUUCGGUCAGCAGACGACCUCGGGAUUUCCGGGCGCGCAGACGUCGGCGCGCAAUUUCGGGGGUUUCCCAACAGGCGGCGCCACGUUCGGCCAGCCCAUGGCGAGCGGCGUGCCGGCAGGGGGCGCCGCUGUGCAGCCCGAACGUUCCGGUGGUCCCUUCUCGCAAAAUGCCUCCGGUUUAGCGCUCGGGUUUGGCGGCGGCGGCCAGGUCGGCAACGCUGCGAGUAUGUUUGCAGUAAGGAUGACAAGCGAUCUGCCAGUGACCAGACAGGCGACCUUGACAUUUGGUCAGGCGGGAAUGGCCGCGUCCAGUUUCGGCCAGCCGGGUCAUCAGUCGGCCGCGUUUACCAACCAGCAACAGAGCGUAGCAGGGGAGUCGAUGUUCGCGUCGAACGCACCCGGCGGUUUUAGCCAGUCACAGAUGGCUGCUGGAUUCUCGCAAUCUAGCAGUGUUCCUACGUUUGGUCAGCCUAGUUCAGGUGCGAGUCUAGCAUUCGGUCAGCCCAGCGCAAGCACAGGUUUCUCAUUUGGGCAGCCUAGUAUAAAUGCAGCGCCUACACUUGGACAGCCAAGCAGUGGCAAAAAUCCUACAUUCGGGGAGUCUCGUACGCCCAAAAGCUUAGCGUUUGGCCAGCCUAGUACAAGUUCAAGCCUAGUAUUUGGCCAGCCUAGUACGAGUUCAAGCCUAUCAUUUGGCCAGCCUAGUGCAAGCAAAAGUAUAACAUUUGGCCAGCCUAGUUCAAGCACAAUUUCAACAUUUGGCCAACAAAAGACAGGGACUGCAUUUGGCCACCCUGUUCCUGGCACAAGCAAAGCACUUGGCCAGUCUGGUACAAGUACAAGUCUAACAUUCGGCCGGCAUAGUACAAGCACAAGCCGAGCUUACCCACAAAAAGUCACCAGCUCUCAUACUUAUGGUGGCAUCACUAGUGGCAGGCCCAUGUUUGGCAGCACGACCCACGAUUCGGUGAGCGUGCUAGGUGGUGCUGCGAAGAAUCCGCAGCGCACAGAGAUACCAUCAUCCAGCGGGGCGUUACCAACUACCAGGAUGCUGACUGUCAGCACAGCGCCAUCUGGCGGCAAAACCGGGGCAACGGCGGAGCGUGUGUUCGGUUCAAAGAGCGGUCAAGCGUCAGACCCCAAGAGUCUCUUUGCACUUCCGCUAGGUGGCGCUGCGCAGCCGGGCGUGGCAAAACCAAGUAUAUUUGGCGGCAGGGCAGCCCUGCAGACGACUGGUCCUAGCCUCGGAGUGUUCGGUGGCGCCACCUCCCAGCAGAGUAACUUGCCGGGCAGCGUGUUUGGUGGCGCUGCCAAACAUAAAAGUUCAGCGCCACCUACAACAGUCAGUGGCGCCAUCACGCAGCAGACUGACCCAACAGCGACCCCGUUUGGACAGCUAGCGAAAGCACCCUCGCAGAGCGGUUCCGUGUUUGGGCCCACAGGUGGCACCACGAGCGUGCGCUCGCUAUUCGGCGCGGAGACGGCGGGAACGUCGUCGUCGAGGGAAUCCGCUCGGACCUUCCUCGGCAAGUUUCCGGAAAGCGGGAAUCCUUCGGAUGCGGCCCCUCGCGCGUCUUCCGGCGCGGAAGCCAAGAAGGCUGUGUUUGCACAGAAGAAGGCUAGCGGGUCGAUGUUCGGGCAGAAGCCAGAGAAGGUGAAGAGCAGCGCGUCAUUGUUCGGAGACGCGACGGAGAAGGAAGCGGGGUACGGGGAGACCGCGGCGACGGAGGAGGAAGGCGUCGCGCAGGAUGAGGAUGCUAGCACGUCGGAUGCUGCGGAGGUUGCCACGGUUACGCCCGGCGUGGGAGCGAGCAGGAUCAGCAGGAGCGGUCUGCAGGCGGUGGCGGGCAGGGCGUUGGCGGGGGCUAUACGUCGCCAGUCCGGCAGCGACCGAGGAUCGCUGCGGCAGUCACGCUUCGCCUCCCAGGAGCAGAUCGGUCAUCUGACGGCGGUCAUCUGCAAGGGCGUGCCCGCGACCUACAACAACCGCUCCUUCCUCACGCAGCACUUCAGCAACUACGGCCGCGUCCAGCGGGUGACCGCGCAGCCCCGCGCCGGUCAAGCGACCAUCUUCUUCGCCGAUCACGAGUCGGCUGAGAGGGCCAAGCGCAAGGGUCGUGUCUUCAAGAAGGGUCUUGCUCCCAUUGACAUCUUCUGGCGGGCGUCGACGACGGGAGGUGCUGCCGACAGAUCCGCGGACAAGACGGAGAGGAAAGGGAGUCAGCGCCCCCUGGUGGACGACGAGGUGCAGGCGGAGCUGCGUGCUAUGAGCGGGUACUCGGACCUCGCGUCGGACUCCGUGCAUCUGCUCGACCGCCCCAAGGACCCCCCCGCCCGCUCCCGCCGCGCCAGGGACCUCCCCAUUAAGGCCGGGUGGCGGUCGGCGCUUCCCGAGGGAGCGGUCGCGCCGCCGCGAAGGAGGGCGCCACCGUCGCAGACGCGCGGCGGCGCAGCGGUGGAGAAGCCGACCGUGAAGGCGGUGUCGCUGGAGAGUCUCGGCCGCGUGGUCGCGCGCACGGCGAAGGAACGAUACGACGUGCUGGAGGAACGCGACAAACUGCUGCGGCAGGGUGAGCAUGAUACGCCACGACGUGCAUGA